CUCCAGGCAUCUGCGGGAAGAUGCCAUUUUUCUCACGUUGGGUGUUUCCGUAGAAUGGUCGUAAAAAGAAUCACAGUGACAUGACAACAGCGGCAGGGAAGAGAACAAAAGAGUACAAUUCAUGAGUAAAUGAGCGAUGACCUUAAAUCAAUUUGAGAGAGUCUGCAAUUAUCUUUGGUCACAUUGUUACAACGACAUAAAUAAAAAGCCUGAGCAACCAGAGGACUCCGGUUGUAGAUGAAAAGAGGCAAGUUUCGUAUUUACAUGAGAAGGUGAGCGAUCGCUACAAGGAAAUUAGUAGGACUAUGUUGACUGUGUGGAUGGCACGGAUGAAUGGGCAGAGCGCGCCAGGCAAUGAAUGCCCCGCGCGAUUCUUAAUCGUGACAACGAGGAAGGCCGCAAGAGGAUCGACUCUGGCGGGCAGGGUGGUAAGAAACCGCAUAUCCGCCGAGCGCUCCUUCGGAUAUCCACGAGCAGGUCGCGCCCCGUGCGACUCUUGCGCCUGUCCGGGUACCGGGUGCAAGCAAAACCCGGCGCCACCGCCUGCGUCCGGGCCGCAGCAGUGCCCGGCCUACGGAGUCUGCGCUCCCAAGGCGUGCCAAGGCGUGGCCUGCCGGAUGGCGCCCGCAGCUCCGCGGGCCCUGCGGUCACAAGUGUUGCGGGACAACGGGGGCAGGACGAAGCGGGCCGCCUUUUUGUUUGUCGAGCAACCCGCAGGGGCGAAAGACUUGCCCCCCGGUCGCAGCAUUGCCCGGGGCCCCGGCCCGCCCGCCGGGCAAGGGCGCUGCGGCGUGCUUCCUUCGGCUUGCGUCAGCCAAUCCGGAUAG